AUGCAGGGGAGCGAGAUAGAGAGGAAUUGUAUGAAAGGUUGCGUGCAAGGAUCCAUAGGGGGCCCAAUACUAUGGAACCUGUUGUUGGACCCCCUACUGCAAGGCCUUGAAAGAAAGGGAGUCUGCGCCCAGGCAUUCGCGGAUGACGUUGUCUUGGUCUUCGACGGCCACACUGCCCGGGAGAUCGAAGGGAAGGCCAACGCAGCCCUCGCCUAUGUUCGGGAGUGGGGCGUCAUGAACAAGCUGAAGUUCGCACCACACAAAACCAAAGCUGUGGUUGUGACUAAGAAGCUGAAGCAUGAUACCCCACGACUGAGCAUGGGCGGGGAGGGCAUUGAGGUGGUGAGAGAGGUGAGGCUUCUCGGACUAAUAAUAGACGAGAGCCUCACCUUCAACACCCACGUCAAAACCAUCUGUGCGAAGGCCCACCGGAUCUUCCACCAGCUGGCAAGAGCGGCAAAAAUUAGCUGGGGCCUCGACACGUCAAUCAUCAGGACCAUCUAUACUGCAGUAAUAGAACCCGUCCUGAUGUAUGCCGCGGGUGCAUGGGGGCAGGCUGUAAGUAAAAAGUGUGUAAGAGUCCAGUUUGAUAGAAUUCAGAGAGUGUUUUUACAGAGGAUAUGUAAGGCGUACAGAACCGCAUCGCUACACUCGGUUCAAAUCCUCACGGGAAUUCUUCCCAUUAACCUGAGGAUUGAGGAGGCGGCGGUUCUGUACAGGGUGAAAAGAGGUCUAAGUCCCCUCCCGUAUCUCGACGCGGACAUAGAGACAAGAGUUAGACCAAACGAACUCCCUCACCCUGCUGACGAGCCGCGUCUGACGUUUGACCACUACAGCCUGGAACUGGGACUUGACGAACAGACAGACGCUACAAAUAUAUACACCGACGGUAGCAAGACUGAUGACGGGGUGGGUGCCGCAGUAGUGCUGCGAAGACUUGACAAAGAACUCAAGACUGUUAAAAUAAAACUGGCGACUUACUGUACUGUCUUUCAGGCCGAAAUGGUGGCGCUGCACAAGGCGGUGCAACUGGCAACGAAAGUCGCCAGCCCAAGGGUAAACCUGUGCAGCGACUCCAGGUCGGCCUUGGAUGACAUAGUGAGCGGUCGCUCCCUCAGUCCCCUCGUUGUGCAAAUUAGAGAGACCCUUGGGAGCCUCUCCAACCACAAGGAGGUGAGGCUCUACUGGAUUAAAGCACACGUGGGUCACGAGGGGAAUGAGAGAGCCGACCAGCUCGCUAAGGAGGCCGCACAUGACAAGAAGAGAAAACCCGACUAUGACAGAUGUCCAGUCUCAAAAAUAAAAAGACUUUUGAGAACCGACUCGAUUCGGCGGUGGGAGGAGGAAUAUGGAGGUGGAACAACGGCUUCCACCACCAGGUUCUUCCUCCCAACCGUCGCAUCUGCCCUUAAGGCAAUGAGAGAGGUGGGGCUGGACAGCGAGCUAACACAGGCCCUAACGGGCCAUGGUGGGUUCGCCGCUUACCUCCACAGAUUUAAAUUAAAAGAUGACCCCACUUGCAUCUGUGGGGAGGGCGACGAAACUGUAUUGCACCUGUUAACUCGCUGUCCAGUUCACGCGCGAGACAGAGCUGAAAUAGAAAUGAGACUGGACAUAAACUUGACUGAAAAUAGUUUGUCGGAAAUAUUCUCCAGCAAUGAAGCGAGGCCAAAAUUAGUAAAAUAUAUAAAGAAAAUAGUACAGAAGGCAAACGCCAGAAAUAAGUCCAAACUGUUUGUCGUGCUAUAA